AUGUCAAUUGAAAGGUACUCUAUUGAAGAGGCCUACAGGAUUCUGAGCCUGUCAGGUGAGAGCGAAGGGGAAGACUCACUCACAAUCAACUUCAGAAUACGAACCUAUAGACAGCAGCGGCACCCUGACAGAUAUCUCAGACGAUGGAGAAAAGGUCCCUGCUAAGAUCAGGCGUACCCGGCCCCAUUUCCAGGUUGCUGAACAGUUACAAUCGCAUGAUGACUCUCAUGCAGCAGAGUGCCAGUACUAGUGCCACUCUACCUUUCGGUGAACUGGCGAGCACCAGUGGCCUAGUACAUCCUGGUCUUUUUUAUACCAGCACUGCAGUAUCACUUGGUGAGGUGAAGAGUCCCAUAAGUGCAGUACAAGCUGGUGCGGUGGCGAGGACAAAUAUUGUCCCACAAUCACCAAGAAUUCUCACACAGGCCCAUAGAGCCCCUAGUAUCCUUCCGGAUGUGCUUGCAAAUCCUGAGUGGCAGCCCACAAAUUCUGCAGCACUUGCCCCAUUCCCUGCCCAACCUGGAAUUAAGGUGGAAACAGCAAAUUUAAAUACUCGCCUUGUUUUUUUGGAGCUGUUUUUCACAGAAGAUCUGUAUGCAUUGAUUGUGGAUCAAAGCAAUUUAUAUGCAGAAGAGUUUAUUGCCGCCAACCCAAAUUCAAACCUUGCCAGACCAUUCGCAUGGAAAGCCAUUACGGUUUCCAAAAGUAAUUUUUACUUGGGCCUAACCCUCAACAUGGGCAUUACUAAAAAAAAUGCAUUGCUGUUGUAUUGGUCCACAGACCCGAUUCAUCAUAUGCCAUGUUCUCUGCUGCCAUGGCCAGGCAUAGAUAUGAGAGUAUAAUGUGUUUUAUGCAUUUCAACGACAAUACACUCUGUCAUCCUUGGGGUGACCUUGAAUUUGACCGGCUCCACAACAUUCGGCUCCUCGUAAAUCACCUUAACCAAAAAUUUGCAUAUGUCUAUACUCUCCAGCAAAACAUCUGUGUUGAUGAGUCCCUUAUUAAUUUGUCUGGCCGUCUUGCAUUCAAAUAAUUUCUCCCAAGCAAGCAUGCCAGAUAUGGGGUCAAGAUGUAUAAGACCCGUGAGAGGGCAACAGGCUAUACAUAUAAGUUUCGGAUUCAUGAGGGAAAAAAUAGUUACGUGGAGCCCCCUGGAUGCCCAGACUACAUGGGGAGCAGUGGCAAUAUAGUUUGGGACUUGGUGUCAUCCUUUUUCCAUAUGGGGUACCAAUUAUACCUGGACAAUUUUUAUUCAAGCGUGCCACUAUUUAGACAUUUGUACACUCUUGCA